UAGUUGCUAUGGUACCAAACGCCACUGUCAACGGGUAGUGCUGAUAUAAAGUUGCAACGGUGACGAUAGUGUCUGCUCGAAACAAGCAGCGAUGCGAGUUUCAAGUAUUUUGCAGCACUAAAACAGCCAUGGAUCUAGUGGACAAUCUCAUCGAAGAGGACGCCGAGAGACAGCGUCUACUUUCCAAACCGACCUGCUUCCUUGUAGUUGGAAGACCGGGUGUUGGCAAAUCCACCCUGGCUAAGAACAUUGCAGAGACCUGGGGGUGCGUUUUAAUUGACGACACGGAGGUGCUCGACUCCCACAUCAGAAAUAAAACAGAGGAUGGCAUUAAGCUGCUGGAUAUCCUAAAUGCGGGCGCAAGUAUACCAGAAGAUGUGGUCCUCCGGCUCAUACUCGACAUGCUGAACUCAACCAAAGUUGAGCAUUACGGCUACGUGUUGAGCUGCCUGCCGUUCAUGUCGGAAGAAGGCGUUAGCGUCGAUGAGCAAAUGGAAAUGAUCAGGAAGCUCAAACUCAAGCCGGACUUUAUCAUCAACAUCAAGUGUGCUGACAAGGACUUGGUCAAGAGGCUGUCGAGUCAGAAGCAGCACCCGAUGACAGGUUUUCUGUACAAUCAAGAUCAAUGGAAAUUGGACAAUGAAUUCCACGUAACGGGAUUUAUAGACGAGGAAAUAGUGGAGGAGGAGGAUAAGGAAGACUCGCAGGACGAGGAUGAAGAGGAAGAGGAACAACCUCCUCAAAGGUGCACUAUUGAUCAGCUGGUGUGGAUCCCUGAACGUCAGUCCCGAAAUACUUCUCUCAGAAUCAACACGUACAAGGAUAACAUCCUCAGACCGCUGGAGGACUACAUGAUGGACCACAACCCUAUUUACCUUUUUGAGGUGGACGGAAGCGAUACACCGGAGGAGUUGCUCUUAUUUGUAUUGUCCCGCCUUGGAUCGAUGGCCAUACAGCGUGUGUCCGUUCCGGUGGUCCUCCAUCAGAACGAAGAGUUGCCCGAAGACAUCGAAACGGAGGAUCUUUUGAGGUUUAUGUCCUCCUCCAGGAUGUUGGUCCCAGGCUUCCGCUGGAGGAGGAGCCGCUGGGGUCGAAGUUGUCCAGUCGCACUGAAAGAAGGAAUGUUGGUUCCCGGAAAACCGGAAUUCUCCGUAGGUUUCCGGGACAAAAUGUACAUCCUUUCAUCCCAAGAAGCCUACGAUAAGUUUGUGACCAACCCCAGACGCUACUUACUCCCUCCGAUGCCAAGCCCCCCUUGUAGGGUUUGCAUCAUUGGAACUAAAGCUUCGGGGAGGCCUGACCUUUCCAAACUGAUGGCCGCCAGGCACAACGUGUCCGUGCUGGAGCUGGAGAAACUGGCGGAGCCUCUCGUGGCUGAGCUGGAGAAAGAGUGGCUCGUAAAAGUCAAAGAGGACAGCACGCAGGCUGCCAUGGAGAAAAUCAGGACCAAGCAGCAAAACGAGCAGAGUUCUGAUGGAACCCCUGCUGUGGAAGUGACGGAAGAUCAUCCCGAAGUGGUGGCUCUUGUGCAAACCGCUCUGGAGGAGGCCAAAAAACAAGAUGCAGCCAAGGAAGUCUAUGCGCAAGCUCUGAUGAAAGUCGUCAGAGAGAAUGAAACUUCCAACGUAGGUGCCGAUGUGGGCAACGGCUGGGUGCUUGACAACUUUCCCAGGAACGCCUCCCAGUUGGAGGCUUUACAUCGAGCUGGGAUCCAUCCAGAUUUCCUUUUCUGUCUCAUGCAUACUGAGGUGAAUCAGAAUCAUUCCGGCACUCCACCGACAGAAAACACCGAAGAUCAACCGGAGCUCAAAGCCGAGAAGGAUCAGUUCACGAGAGAAUGGGAAGGGCUGCAGCUGUCGCUCAGCAUAAGCCACUCGGUGCUGCAGACCGCCAGCAGGAGCCCCAAGGAACUUCUGGAUGAGAUUGUCCAGCUCAUGGAGAAGCCCUUCCAGUAUUUGCCCAGAGAGUUCUCCGCCGUCGACUUAGAUGAGGAAGCAGAAGAUAUCGAAGCAAUCGCAAAUCUGGAAAUUGGAAACGACGAAGACGAUUCUUCCAAGGACACGGCCGAGGAGGAGGAGGAAGAGGAGGAGCAGGAGGAGGGUGAAGACUCAGAAUCCCGAGGGGAUGCAACUUCCAAGAGGUCUUUUGGCGAUACCUUUAUUUUUUGCCCGGUGGUGCUCAACAAGCAGAAUGCACUGGUGCCCUGCACAGAUGAGAUAUCAUCCAAGUAUCGAGAAAAGGUCUACUAUUUCUCCAGUGUCGACGCCAGGGAGGUCUUCAUGCUCUCUCCCGAGCAAUUUGUCGGACAUACCGAGCUUCUGAAGCCCCCUGCCCUGCGGAUAUUUGUGCUGGGAUGCAGAGGUUCCGGCAAGACCACUCAAGGCGAGUGGCUCGCCAAGCAACUUGGCCUUUUCCACAUUCAGUUCCGGGAGCAUCUUCAAACUCUCCUCAUGCCAAAGAUGAAGCAUCGAGUUAUCCCCGCCGACGAGUCGACGGAGGAGCAUCUGAAGGGCUUGAAGUCCGCUAUCGAGGAAGCCCGAGGUGAAGAGCCUCCAGAGGUAACUGAGGAGGAUGCGGGACUGACAGAUGAGGAAAUUGGUAUUAAAGCCUACUUGGCUGAUGACCUUCCACUAAGUUCACAUGUCCUGGAUACGGUCAUCAAUCCUUACUGGAACACGGAGCCUUACAUGUCGACAGGAUUCAUCCUCGAGGAUUUCCCUCACAACACAGAGGAAGUGCAGCACAUGAUGCAGCAUCAGCUUUAUCCUGAUGCUGUGGUCACCUUGAUGGCCGGGGUGGAAGACAUUCAGGCACGCCUGUUGCCCAAAUUCUGGCAGAGGUGGCGGGAUCACUGCGACCGGCGUGAGAAUUUACUCGAUGUCCUCCGCGAAAUACACAGCAAGGCGCGGGAAGAGAAUAUUACAAAGAGGAGGGCAGAACUAAUGGAGGAGAAAGCGGCCUCCUCAACAGCCACAGCAAAAUUUAGUUGCCGGGCUGAAGAUGAGGACGAAGAAGACUCUGCCAACAUAGAGGACGAGAUCGAGGCCAUCCUGGAGGAGGAGUACCCCAUUGAAAGGUACGAUGAGUUCAUGGAUGAAGAUGAAGUGGAGGAAGCAACUACCGAGAGGCUGAGCACGGAAAUUGAAGAACGUUACGUGGCAGACUCAAACAACAUGGCUAUCGUGCUGGAGGUUCUAAGCGAACUCAAAAUUCCAAGGAUAUCAAUCAACGCUUCCCGCAAGACGCCCGUCGUACGGCGUCAGCUCCUCCUGAAAGUGGAGCCGCUGCAGGCCAACCGUGAGUCGCUCUUCCAAAAAUGCCAGCCCAUCUCAUACAACCUGGCACAGCUGCUCCUGCUCUACUCAUACAAGUUCCACAGCGCAUUUGGCUGCACGGACCCCGUCAAGCGUUACAGUGAAGGGGACCUCAUUCAACCUGUGCUGUGGCCUCUUGAUACCGCCUUUCCAGUGCUCUUCAACCAAUAUAUCUACUUUUUUGGUUCCAAGAAGAACCAGCAAACAUUCAUGCUCAACCCCUUGAAGUACCUCAGGCAGUCAAAACCUUCCCCUAUGCUUCCUCUUAAAAUGGCCAUCGUCGGACCACCCAAAUCAGGGAAAACAAGUGUGGCAACCAUGUUCGCGCAGAGGUACGGUUUGGACCUGUUGUCCAUCGGCGGCGUAAUGAGGCGCAUACUUGAGGAGCAGGAGCACAGCGACUUGUCGGUUCAGAUGAAGAAACAUCUCAACCAGGGCCUGGUGGUGCCCGAUGAACUGGCCAUCCAGUGUCUGGAGAAGGUGCUCAUGAGCUUGGUGUGCAGUACGCAAGGUUAUGUGUUGGAUGGCUUUCCCAUGACCAUGAAGCAAGCGGAACUGAUGCAGGACAACAGCAUCAUCCCCAUGAUGGUGGUGGAGAUGGAGCUGGAUACGCUAGAGGUGCUGAAGCGAGGCCUUGCCAUCAAGAUGGAGGAGAACAAGCCCCACCUGAUGCAUGACAGCGCAGAUAUCCUUCAUAUCCGCAACACCUGCUACAAGCAGGAAGCGGAGCUCAUGAGGCAGCACUUUCAACAGCAGUAUGAAAACUGGAUCCAAAUCGAUGGCCUCAAGAGCAAGUGGUACAUCUGGGAAUGCCUGAUCAAGGAGAUCAGCAUCAGCAUGAAGUACAUCCACACUUACCUGAGCAAGACCAGAAGCGGUCAGGCCGGCUGCAUCAACAGGCUUUGCGUCACACCCAGAGAGUUUCAGCGUCAGAUUGGGGAGUUUGGCCACUACUGCCCCGUGUGCCUCGCUCUGCAGAACCACCUUGUGGACUGCUCAGAAACUGCAUCCUUGAUGUAUGCUGCGGAAUACAAUCGGCGAUAUUUCAAGAUGUGCAGCACACAACAUUUGGAGAGCUUUCUUGCCAGUCCGGAUCAAUUUGUCAGCCCCCUCUGCCCGCGUCCUCUCCCGGAGGCAGACCUGCUGCCCAAAAAACUAACCGAGGCAGAGGUGAAGAGCAGAUUCCCUCAGCAAAUUGAGAUGAAAGGUUUCUGCCCCGUCACUUAUCUGGAUGGCAAAGAGAGGUACGAAGCCCUGGUACACGGCAGCAUGGAAUUUGCGGUAGAAUACAGAGAGCGGCUCUACACUUGCGAGACAAAGCAGAAGCAAUACAAAUUUUUGAGUGCUCCUGAAGUCUAUUGGGACCUUAAGUUGCCCAGUAAGGUUCCUCCUCUUUGCGAGCCGAUCCCGCUCACCUCCCUCCCUACGCUGGGCUACCUGGAACAGGGUGUGGCAGUGGCGGUCAUCAAGGCCAUGACGGCUGUUGGGUGCCUGAAACCGAAGUUUCCUUUCUUCAGUAUGGAACGAUCAGCUCUCCACUACGUGGCGUUCUACCUAAAAGCAUUCAACCACAGCAGCACAGAACACAUUCGACAGAUGUACAAAAAAAAGCUGGCCUCCUUUGAGGAGAACUGCGCACUCAUUCCCUACCUGAGCUCGUUGAUGAGAGCCGACUACAAGCUCCCCAGCGAACUCCCCGUCGACUUUGACUUCAAAAUGAAAAAGUUUCUCGCCUUGCGAGACUCGCCUAAAGCGAAAUCUGCAAAUCUAGCCUCAGGACCGAUGCGCUCUGUGUUGGACAAUGAACUCUAACCAAUGUACUUCAGACGCAAAAACUCUGAUCAUUCAA